AUGUUACAGCGAUCGCUGUGGGGUUUAGCGUUCCUUGGUUUCUUCAUUACAUUGGGUGCAAGUGUACCACUUCCUGGUGCACCUGGUACACGUGCAGUGCAAGAUCAAUUCAAUGCCAAUGGAAUUUGGAACCGCACGUAUGGUCCAUCCGAGCCACAACAACUUCAUAUGGCAUGGAUGCCGGAUGGCAAAAACUGCCGUAUUCAAUUUGCCACAUUCGUACCUCUUGACAAUGCCCUGUUGCAAUAUUGGUUGGAGGGCGAUCGAGACUUUUCAGCAAUGAUGGUUAGCCGUGUUGAGGGAUGGGCGUUCAUUGAUGGUGGAGAAGAAAAUCGUACCAUCUACCUGCAUAACCUCGAAACAAGGCAUUUAGUUCCCGGCAUGAUCUACAAGUAUCAAGUGGGUGCUGUACGAGAUGAUACAACCACGUGGUCCGAAAUCUAUACAUUCCAUACGCCAUCCACCGAUGAUUCCUUUGAAUUCAUUGCGACAGCUGAUAUGGGCACUUCCAACGCAGUAUCAAUGCCCAAUCUAUUACGCAUGGCAAAUUCACAUAGAUAUGACUUCAUUGCUUUUGCUGGAGAUCAAGCAUACGACAUGGCUGAUUUUGAAGGAACCAAGGGUGAUGAAUACAUGAACUUUGUUCAAGACAUUUAUGCAACCAUCCCUGUGAUGACGGCCUUGGGUAAUCACGAAGGUGCAUACAACUUUUCUCACUACAAGAAUCGAUUCAGCAUUGUGCCCUUUUCAGAAUCCGAUUUCCCGGAUCCAACCAUGUACUCAUUUGAUUACAAGUCGUUGCAUUUGGUAUCCUUUUCAUCUGAAGUCUUUUUUGAAAUGGGUUCCUAUGACCAAAUCCAGACUGCCUUAAAAUGGCUCGAUGACGACUUGACGCGUGCCAACUUGAAUCGACAUGAACGACCUUGGAUCAUUGUGAUGGCACAUCGACCCAUGUAUUGUUCUCCUGGAGAGCAUGAAGAUUGUACAUGGAAAGCCGAAACGAUGCGAUUGGGACCCAUGUAUAAUGGCAAACGCACUGGUGGUCUCGAAGCAUUGCUGCUAAAACAUCGCGUGGAUAUUUACUUGUGUGGGCAUCGACAUAACUAUGAACGCACAUAUCCUGUAGCACAUAAUGAACGUAUUGCAACAUCCUAUCGAGAUGCCCCAUCCUUUUUCCAAUUGAUUGUUGGUAACGCAGGCAAUUUUCAAGGUGUCGACCCAUUCCAAAAUAACACUGUACCUUAUGACGAUUGGUCUGCAUUACGCUACGAAGGUUAUGGAUUCUCCACAAUUCGAGUAUCGCCACGACAAUUACUGGUCUCUCAUCAUGAAAGUCAUCCAAAGAACGGAGCAUUGGGACGCACGGUAGAUCGACUUGUUGUGCGAAAGGCUCCACCCUUGCCAUAUCACGAUCGAGGAUGUGCUGAGUCCCUUGGUGGAUCCAUUUUCUGUACAAUUGGCAAUCAUUAG